AUGAUCAUUGUUGGUCUCUCUGGUGGUAUUGCCUCCGGCAAGUCCACGGUAUCGAACAUCCUGAAGGAAAAUAAAGUACCACUUGUGGAUUUGGAUGUGAUUGCGCGAGAAGUUGUCCAGAAAGGCUCUCCUACGCUGAAAAAGCUCGCGAAAGAAUUUGGCCCCAGCAUUCUCCAGGAGGAUGGCACGUUGAAUCGGGCUGAAUUGGGUCGCUUGGCCUUCGCGAACAAGGAAAGGACCAAGGCGCUGAAUACGAUCACUCACUCAGCGAUUCGUCGCGUCAUGGCAUGGCGCUUGGUACGUCUGUGGCUGACUGGUGCGAAGCGCGUUGUCGUGGAUACGCCGUUGUUGAUUGAGGCAGGGCUAUACAAGUGGUGUGCCGAGAUUGUGAUUGUGUGGUGUGAUGAGAAUCAGCAGCUCAAGCGUAUGCUCUCCCGCGAUGCCAACAAAGGGCUUACCGAGUCGGAUGCUCGCUCACGUCUCGCGGCCCAAAUGGCGCUUUCGCAGAAAGUGGAGUAUGCUGACGUCGUCAUCGACAACUCAAUUGAUGCGACGGAAUCAUCGCCGCCACGUCUCCGUGCUGAGGUGGGCAAGUUGCUAGCGCGAUGGCGACGUGAGUCACGUCAGCCCUCCUUCACGCUGUUGUGGCUCCUCAGUUGGCUCGUCCCACCGUUUGGUCUUUUGUGGGGCCUCCUAGUGACAUUUAUGCGCUCGCGUGCGCGUGCACAGCGUCACAAAAAGGAGUGA